AUGGUACCUCAGAUCGAGAUCUCGUCCGAUCGCUCUGCACUUUUCACUGUUAGGAGUCAUGUUCAAGAACAUCGUCCACUAGUACAAACUUAUAGUUCAUCGAUUGUUUCAUUUAUACGAGAUUGGAUUCAUGGCACUAAUAACCAUAAUACAUAUUCGUGUGUUAUGGAAUGUUCAGGUUCAUUAUUUGAUGUACCUGAUUCAGUUGUUUGUUCAAUUCCCGUUAGCAUGCAAGAUGCUGAAAAUAUUGUUCCUAUUGAAUUAAAUGUAUCGCAAGAUGUUCAAAAUACACUCAAUAAUCUUGUAAAGGUUAACAUGUUUUAUAAUCAAUAUUAUCCUCAACAAAAUUCAUUAUUUUCCGGUUCUGGUGGACCAAAUUUUGUUCCACCAUACUUCUAUAAUUUAAAUAAUAACCAGCAAAAUGAGUCUGAUCGAUUUCAAACACAGUUUUUUAAUGGUGGCUUUGGUAGCACGCUACCAAGGUUUUUUGACAAUCCAAAUGAUUUUGGCAACGUACCACAACAGCAACGUUGGCGACAUAUUUUUAAUGAAAAUCCAAAAGUACAUGGACAAAGUCGUUAUCAUAGUCAUGCCAGAGUAACACCCGGGAUUCCUAACAUACCAACAGCAUAUUUCAUGACAGAUCCAAUAAUAACGGGAGAUGAUAGAAUAACGAUUCAAUUAGCUCAAGUGCGCGUUGGUCCUACUGGCGACCAGCAACGUGUAUUUAUCGAACAAGAUUUUAGCGAUGAACACGAAUUAAAUAGAUUUAUUCGAGAUUUAAAAAGGAAUUUUGAAAAAACACUUAGAUCUCGAUACGAAAUGAAUACAACACCGUACGAUCAAGAAAAUAAUAGUACUACAAACUUCAAAAAAUCUGGGGUGGUAGUUGUUGAAGAGCCGGGUGAAGAACCAAAAACUUAUCCUCAACCACAACAAACUCGAACGGAGAAAAAGCAUGAUAGGUCACCAUCAACAAUAAGUCGAGAAAAACUACCUCAUAGAGCACGCUCCUAUUCAGAUGAACGUCGACAAUAUUCUAAAUCUUAUACAGAUAUAAGAACACAUAGUCAAGAAUUGAAUCCUUCUAAGAGUUUUGACAAAAAACAGAAGAGUCAUCAUCAUCAUCAUCAUCAUCAUCACCAUCAUCGCCAUCAUCACAAUAAAAAUUCUAAACGAGGCACAUAUCGAUAUUCUUCAGCAUCAACGGAUAGUAUACGUGUGAAAAGAAAACAUCGCUCGUUAUCAAAAUCAAAAACAUCAAAAAGAGACAAAUCAAAUCAUAAAUCAUGGACAUUUCAUAAAGAAAAUCCUUUUUAUAAUGCAAGUAGCGUGAAAAAACAGAAUGUACCUUCGCGGUCACAUUUCUCAUUCAUUAAUAAUUAUUCAAAACAUAUUAAUCAAACAAAAAACGGACUCUAUCCUCCACCUCAAACACCAUUAGCAGGUUUUUUUCCUACAUCAUAUACACCGUUCCCAUGGGAAAACAAAGGUUUUCAUCCGGUAACACGCGAACCUAGUUUAUAUAACGAUAAUAGGAGGAGUUAUGUAGAACAUAAUCAAAGACCACAUUAUUCACACCAGCAGCAACCGUCAUCUUAUCAAAAAAAAAUUUUAAAUGAUGAGAAUAAUUAUAAACGAAUACCAACACCGGCUUUUGUACCUGAUAGUAAUAUUCAAUGGAGAUUUAAAGCGCGUGAUAAUGACACAUUAAGUGAUAUAUCAAAUGUGACGAAAGUCACUCGUCAAGCAAACAUGACGCCUUUUUCCCACUUAAAAUCGCCAAAUACUCCAGGUCGUAGACCAUCUACGCAUUUACCUGCUCACAUGACAACGGAUAAUAAUUUAAUUCAACGUCGUUUAUACGCCGUUACACCUGUUAUAAAUCAAAAUGGACUAUUUUUUAUUCCAACUCAACAAUUAUUCGAUCAACCACCACCCAAACCAAACAUUAUUAAUAAAAAUAAACCACCUCUUGCACGACCACCAACAAAUAUCGGUUUGCCUACAAAGAAACAAUAUCAGCCUCCACCGCAACAACAACAUGGGUGGCCAAAUCGAGCUCAAUCUCGAUUAUUACAGUAUGGUCCUUCUGGACCACCGCAACCAACAAUUAUUGAACAAUCUUUUAUUUAUCCUCAUUCGACUGAGCAACGUGUUUUUAAGGCACGUCCAAAAACCGGUAAAUUAUCGAGACAUCAAUCUCAACCGCAUCAAUUACAUCAUCAAUCUGAGUCAUCGUCAUCAAUAUUAUCAAACAGUACAAAAAAUGUUGAUUAUUUAGAUUAUGGACCAAAUUUUAAUUUACAAUCGCCACAUAGACAUUUAUCAUUUUGCGAUAUAAAUAGAACGACGAACGGAUUUAAUCCGUGGAUAAAACAUGGUCUGAGACCGGUAAAAUAUGUUCCCAAUAUGAUGAGACAUCCACACCCAGCACAGACAUUUCUUCAUAAUCCUUUACAACAUCAGCAAUUUUUGUCACCAAAUAGUAGAAUUCGAUAA